UUUAACGCUAGGCGAAUGGUAGUCUUUCUAUGGUGGAAGGAACCCCGGCUUCCCGCGGUACUGAUGCGCAUCUUGAAGAAGCGGUGGCUGGUGGAUCCAAUGAUGGGAACGACGUGGAAGCGGUAGCUGCAAGAGCUGCAGGGCGUCCAAAAAGGACCAUUAAGCGUCGGGAGAUCCUUGAUCCUUCCCAUGUAGCCAGACGUACUUCGGUUGCUGCUAAUCGGCAGAAAUCACCAUCACCUUCCCCAAACAGAGCAACUCCUAUUGCACAUUCAUCUCCUCUUUCUUUAUCACAAAUAAUUUCUCCUGAUUUGGUAUUAGCCUCUCCAAUUCGAUCUCCUGAAGUUUCUACUCCGCCACAGCGAAGAGAACGUGUCCAGACCCCUCUGCAAGAAGUCCGACAUCAGAAUUCUCCUGCCGAAGCCGAGCAUUCAUUAGCAACUGCUGAUCUAUCGUUACCAUCUGUAUCCAGGCGUAAUUACGAAAGCGAGGGCAUAAGAGCUGAACCACCAAUAGAUCCUAGUGAAUCUGUUUUGGAAGUAAUAUUUGGAAUGCCAAUGUUUUCAACUGUUACAUCUGCUAACAAGGAAUCUGAAAAUGGUUAUACUUACAAAUAA